GCCGGGCCUGGGAUGCUGCGCGCCUGCGCAGCGCGGGCGCUGGGAGGGUCGCUGGAGCUGCAGUGCAGGCUGCGGGAAGCGGGAGGUUCGGGACGGCUUUGUAUCUGACCUGCAGCCGGGUCGCGGAAGCUUGUGCGCCUGGCACGUCCCUCUUCUUUUCCGUCGGAGAGCUUGGGAUGUGGUAAUGUCAGCCAGACUAUUGAGAGCCCUGGCCGGAUCUCACUGUAUUUUAUCAAAAAUAUGUCAGUGCCAAAGACUUACCCAUCGAACACUAAAGCCACGGAAAGAAUUUGAGACUACAACAUGCAGCACCGUGAUGAGAAGUCAGAACUUGGAUUUGUUCUUUCCUGAGACAGCAGCUGGUGGUUUGAGUAAGUCCCCGGUCCUGGAAAUGAGUCCAAAAAUCUCAAAUACAAGCAUACUCUCUCCAUUAAAUGCUGCGCAUCGCCAGGAUGAAAAAAUGCACCUUCCAACCAGGAAAUCUUUUGGUACUAACAGGAAAGUGACUCACAGACCAAAUCUCUUAGGUUCUAAGUGGUUUAUAAAAAUAUUAGAGCGGCAUUACUCAUCUCCAUCAACGGAAACACUAGUUCCUAAACAAGACUUUCCGCAAAUCAAGAGACCACUAAAAGCAUCGAGGACCAGGCAGCCAUCCAGGACCAACCUUCCAGUUUUGUCUGUGAAUGAGGACCUGAUGCACUGCACAGCGUUUGCGACUGCAGAUGAAUACCAUCUCGGGACUCUCUCUCAAGAUCUGGCCUCCCACGGAUACGUUGAAGUAACCAGCUUGCCUAGAGAUGCAGCAAACAUUUUGGUGAUGGGUGUGGAACACUCUGCUAAGGAAGGUGAUCCUGGAACAAUAUUCUUCUUCAGAGAAGGAGCUGCUGUGUUCUGGAAUGUGAAAGAUAAAACUAUGAAACACGUGAUGCAGGUCUUAGAAAAGCAUGAAAUCCAGCCCUAUGAAAUCGCUCUGGUGCACUGGGAAAACGAAGAGCUUAACUACAUAAAAACAGAGGGACAGUCGAAACUUCACAGAGGGGAAAUCAGAUUAAAUUCAGACCUAGAUAUAGAUGACGCCAUUCUAGAGAAAUUUGCUUUCUCGAAUGCUCUUUGUCUUUCAGUGAAACUGGCUAUUUGGGAGACAUCACUGGAUAAAUUUGUUGAGUCUAUUCAGUCAAUUCCAGAGGCUUUAAAAGCUGGGAAGAAAGUGAAACUAUCUCAUGAAGAAGUGAUGCAGAAAAUGGGUGAACUCUUUGCCCUGAGACACCGUAUAAACUUGAGUUCAGACUUCCUGAUCACUCCCGAUUUCUACUGGGACAGAGAAAACCUGGAACAACUUUAUGAUAAAACUUGUCAGUUCCUUAGCAUUACUCGUAGAGUUAAGUAAGCCAACUGCCACUGCCACUUGGCUUGGGCAGGAAGGUUGAUGCCAAAGAAAUGAGCUGAUCUUUCACCUGGAAGGUGGCCAUCUUUAUGUGUCUGUCCUCAUUGUACAAGAUGGAAUUACUGACAUCAGGUCUACAACUGAGGACACCUUGCGUGAAGAAUACCUUGACGACCGGAUGAUCAGCUAAUUCAUGGCCAAGAUCAAGUGCAAACAGAAGACAAACAUCGGUGAGAACAAAAGGGCUGUGUAGGCUCUUCCCCGCCAUGUGUACUAUGCUGAGUAUCCUCUGUCUUCAGUAUCAAGGCCAGUUUGAGAUUGAGUCCCUCCAUGAAAGGAUUGACAUGUAACCACUAUCACCCAUCAGCAGCUGGGAGAAUCAGAUGCUAACUAACCCAGUCUUUGGCACCCUGGACCCAGGGAGAAAGCCCCAUUCAGUUCCAGCUAGACAAGGCACUAAUCCCUCCAGUGGCUUUAUCAUAGCCCCAAGAUUUAACAUCUCCUAUGAAAAGAAGUAAAACCAAAUUUAUUCACAGACAACAGGAUCUUGUAUAGAGAAUGUCAUAAAACAUCUACCAAAAAGCUACUAGAACAAAUUAGUGAAUUUACCAAAGUUGCAAAAUCCAAGGUCACUAUAUAAAAAAUAAUUCUUUUUCUUUAUACUACCAAUGAACGGUUGGAAAAUAAAAAUUUUUAAAUAUCA